AUGAUAUCGAUUGAGAUAUAUCACGAGGGUUUGUUGGCGUCGGUGCUGGAAAUUCUUUUCUUUCACUCUGCUGCUGCAGCAGCAGCAGAUGAGCAGCUUCCUGACCUCGUUGAAUACUGCAGCAGAAAGCUGCAGAGCAUGCUGCUACGGAGCUCUCGGAGUAAUACCGCAGCAGCAGCAACGGAAUCAGCUGCCGCAGGAGCUUCUGCUGCUGCUGCCGUUGCUGCUGCUGCUGCUGAUGUGCUGCAGCAGCAGCAAGAGGAGGAAGCAGCAUUUGCUGCUGAGAUGUGCGCGCUGUCUCUGUUGCGUUUUAUUUGUGAAGAGCGAAGACACCUGCAAAUGACAAUCACCACUUUGCUGCUAGACCAGUGCGGUAAGCCCUGCAGCAGCAGCAGCAGCAGCAGGUGCAGCAGGUGCAGCAGCAGCAGCAGCAGCAGCAGCAGGUGCACCAGCAGCAGUUGCAGGAGCAGCAGUAGUAUCUGCACCAGCAGCUGCAGCAGCAGCAACAGCAGCAACAGUAGCAUCUACAGCAGCAGUAACAGCAGUAGCAGCAGCGACAGCAGCAGCAGCAGCAGCAACAGCAGCUGCAACAGCAGCAGCAGGGUUAUUGCUUGUUUGGCUGACGAUAUACAGCCUCCUCAUGGAUCCAGACUGCAGGCAGAGGUGAGCUUCAACACUGCUCGCAGCAGCAGCAGCAGCAACCGUAGCAACGACGACAGCAGCAGCAGCAGCAGUGAGAGCAGCAGCAGCAGCAAUGACGGCAUCAGCAGCAGUGGAAGCAGCACCAGCAGCUGCCGCAACAGCAGCAGCAACAGCAGCAGCAGCAGCAGCAGAUGUGCAGCGUGGUGGUUGGUCUCCGCUCAGCAACAGCAGCAACAACAGAAACAGCAGCAGCAACAACAGCAGCAGCAGCAGAUUGUUUGGUGCGUGCAGCUGCGGAAGCAUUUAAAUGAAUUAAUGUACGAUCAGCUGCCGCCUUUGAAGGAUCUCCAUCGCUACUUAGAGCAACCGGAAUUGCGGGCGACGCUGCUGGAGCAGCACAGCGGCGAAUGGGAGGCAUUAGCUGCUGCAGCGCGGCAUCGCUUCUGCAGCAGCAGCAGCAGCAGCAGCAGCUGGGCAAAGGAGCAGCAGCAGGCGCUGCAAGGCGUAGCAGCAGCAAUGACAGCAAAAUUUGAUCUCUUGGCUGCCACGUGCAGGCGAUGCGGACACAAGGUGCUGCAGCACAGCUAG